CGCACAGUUCGCACAGUUCGUACCUUAUCAGACAACGAUACACAACCAAUAUCAUUAUCCGCUUCACCCCCAUCUGCCCGUCUUUAACCUUGUUCAAACUUUGACUGCACACACUAUCCAACAACGAUCGAUCCUCCUCCGUAAAAAUGCCAUCUGAACCUUGCCCUGUCGCUCCUUGCGAGCCCGCAAAGCCCCCAAGAUCCCUGACCGGACGAGCAAUAACCCGAUCGUCCUACUUGUUUCGCGGCCGUACCCUUGGCGAGAUCGUUUCCUGUCACCCAAGUCCAAGGAUCACCUGGCGAUCCUCUGACUGGAUAAUUAUGAAGUCUUACUUAGCCUUCUACUGCCUCUCUAUUCCUGCUAUCCGCUCUAUGGCCACUGCCCCAUCUACGGUUGAGGUUCGCUGUCGCAUCCUAGAUGAUCCCCCAUCUGCUAGGGACAACACCUGCCUGACCCUUGUUGAGCUGGCUGCCAAGCUUAACAUUGACAUGCCCUCGCUCUUAGACGAGGAAUGGACUAUAAUUAGGAAGAAGAUGGCGAGUAGUCUAAUUAAUACUCUUACUGAAGAAACAAAAAAAGGCAUACUAAUGCAGUUUUUUGACGCUGACACUGGCCUGCCUACUCUUGACUGGCCUGACGACAUAAGGAGCGCCUGGACCUAUAAGGAAUGGUGGGGAGACAAUGACGCCAGGCUGCUGCCGCCGCCAGAAGGUUCCGAUGCUACUGCUGCUGCUGCAAGCUCCUCCAGUGACACCGAGUCGUGUCAGCGCGUCCGUGACCGUUAUGAUGGCAGCCCCUCUUCGUCGUUAAUCACCGCCCCGGCUUCGCCUCGCUCCGUUCCCUCUCCUUCAUCCCCAUCGCCACAACUACAAUCACGACUGGAGCCGUAG